AAAAGCUCCGCUAUGUCCUUUUCCCAAUUUGGACCCUCCUUUUAACACUUCUCUUCUCUGCUCUCUCUUUCAAGUGUGUCUCUCUGUCACACUUACUUACUUUCAUCACUCACUGAACAGAAACAAUGUCCACUCCAUAUUACACACUUGUUCUUCUUCUUCUUCUUCUUCUUAUUGUACUCAUUUCCCCAUCCUCCUCCUCUCUUCAUCCAACGGACCUGAAUGCCCUUCUCUCCAUCAAGAACACCCUCACCGAAGUCUCACCCACGAAGCCCUUCUUCUCCACGUGGAACCUCACCGCACCGGAUCCCUGCUCCUCCUUCUCCGGCGUCACCUGCUUCCUCUCCCGCGUCUCCAUCCUCUCCCUCGGCACCCCCUCCCUUCCACUCGCCGGCACCCUCCCCGCCGAGUCAAUCUCCCAACUCACAGAGUUGACUCAGCUCAUCCUCUCCCCCGGAAUCGUCACCGGCCCCAUCCCUCCCCAACUCGCCCGACUCACCAAGCUCCGAGUCAUCUCGCUCCCUUCCAACCGCUUCACGGGAACCAUCCCUUCCUUUUCCUCUCUCAUUAAGCUCCACACUCUCGACCUGAGUCACAACCAACUCGCCGGGUCACUCCCACCGAGUCUCACCGAGUUGCCCCAACUCAAAGUUCUCAUCCUCGCCUCAAACACUCUCACAGGCACCUUGCCAAGAACCAUCAAUUCGCCGUUACUCCACCUAGACCUAAAAAACAACCAAUUCACAGGACCGUUACCAAUCGCGCUUCCGUCAUCUCUCCGUUAUCUGUCUUUUUCACAGAACCUCAUGUGGGGCCCCCUCACCAACGGCCUAGAAGCACUCUCUGAGUUAGUCUUCCUUGACCUUAGUAUGAAUCAUUUCAGCGGGCCCAUCCCGGCCCAACUCUUCUCCUUCCCCGCACUCUCCAACAUUUUCCUCCAACGGAACAAUCUCUCUGGUGAGCUUGGGCUUGGACCCAGGUCUGGAUUCGGGCCCAAGCCCGGAUCGAUAGUCGAUCUGAGCCAUAAUGCUCUGGGCGGGGAGCUCUCCACGGUGCUCGAGGGAGUGGAGAGCCUGUUCUUGAACAACAACAGGUUCGUGGGGAGUGUGCCGGAGGUGUACAUUAAGAGCGUGUGCCGCGGCAGCACCAGAACGCUGUACCUUCAGCACAACUACCUCACGGGGAUUCCGAUAAGGGACGGAACCGUGGUGCCCGAUACGGCGUCGUUGUGCUUGUCGUACAACUGCAUGGUGCCGCCGCCGACGGUGAUGAUGACGUGUCCGGCCAGCGCCGGCGGGGUGUCGGCGAGGCCGGAGGCUCAGUGCUCCGUGUUUAACCAUCAACGGAGGUUAAUUGGAUUGGAGUGAAUUGUUUGGUGAUGUUACUGUCUGCAACUACAACCACAACUAAGUCAUUGACUACACUUCAAUGUUUUUGCUUUUUUUUUUUUUUCUUUUUGUUUUGGGAUUUUGAUUGAUAACGUAAGGUGUAUUUUGUAACAUGGCCAAGCUGAGUGACGAAACAAGUACUUUUUUUUUUUUUUGGCUGAUUGUGUAUUAUACUUUUAUGAGAUUAAUAUUUUAUAAAAACUUGAAUUAUUGAGUUU